UAGUCGUUUUAUAUAUGGAAAAGCAGAGCAAAAGUUUACCUCACUCGCUGCAUACACAACCCUCAAACGAAGUGCACAAUCACGUUCUUUCGCUCUCAACCUAUCAAACCCUCCCUUUCUUAAAACCCAUCACAAAACCCCUCCGAAAGCACAUCCAAUUCUCUAUCUCUGUCUCUAUCUCUAUCUCAAUCUCGACCAUGGAAGCUCUGUACUUCCUCAAGUUCUGGAAAACCCACAAAGAGAACGGCCAAAUUUCUAAUCCUCUGGUGGGAACAGAGGAUGAUGAGUGCGACGAAGGAGAUGAUUCCUUCUUUGAAUUGGAGUUCACUGGUCCUGAUUUUGACACCACCGUAAUCAACAGCAAGACAAACACCACGGCCGGCAACAAUGGAAACGACAAGAACGAUAAUCCAGGAAGUGACUCUAACCAAGAACCACUCGAGAAUUCAGCCAUUAAAACGCCAACCCUGUCUGUCUCUCCGACUGAAACAAUUUCCAAGAGAAAAGUCCUCCCCAUUGUACCCAUUACCAAGCCCCAAUCUUCCAUUUCGUUGUUGAAAUCCGCUCCUAAGCUACGAGUCCUGAUGUUCAAGAAUCCCAAAGUGGCCUCAAACAAAGCAGAGAAAACAGGGAAAACCGAUACGACUACAAAGCAACAGAACAAGUCUUAUGCGAUCAAGUUCAAAUUCGAAGAAUCUCCAAAUCAGUCCGUCUUCACCACGAAUACUCCUCAAACCCAAAACCCUGUUAAAGAUGACUCAUUGUCCGAUACAUCUUCAAAGAGCUACUCAAAAGAUGUCAUGCAUAGGUACUUGAAGCUAAUCAAGCCUCUAUAUGUCAAAGUUUCGAAGAGAAACAGUGAGAAGAUGAAGUCCUCCGGUGGGUCAUCGGCGACGUCGUCCCCUGCAUCUUCUCCGGCAACGGAGACGGUGUGUUCUCCGAGGUACGAAAAGCAAGGGAAUGUGGCAUCUGGGUUUCGAACGGUAUCAAAGCAUUUCAGGAAGAGUAAAUCGGUAUCGGCGGCUAUUAGUGCGCCGCAGUCACCGGCGAACAGGAGAGAUGAUUCGCUGCUGCUGCAGCAUGACGGGAUUCAAGGUGCAAUCAUGCACUGCAAGAGAUCGUUCAACUCCACUAGAGAUUCUUCGCUGUUAUCGCGGUUCACAAGUGAUCCGUUACAAGGAAGUUCCAUGGAUUGGCCAAGAAAAUCCAAUGAAGAGAAUUGACAACGUGGUCUAAAAGCCUCAUUGUUUGGUUUUGCUGUAACAUAG